UGUUGUAAUUAGACCAAGGUGUAAACAGUAAACGAAAACCGAAAGAAAUAUCUCUUACAUCUGCAGCAUACACAGUGUUCAUGAUUUAUUGACUAGCUAGUCACAUCGCAACUUCAGGAUGAAUUAUCAGAAGACAUACAUGAAUCAUAUACACUCCAGCUCAUUGCUGUACCAGCUGGCCACUAUGUGGAAGACGCAGACCCUAUGUGAUGCUAUUAUUCGGACUGGCAGCGUUAUUACAAAAGCUCAUCGUGUUGUUUUGGUUGCUGCUUGUCCAAUGCUUCAAUCCAUGGAAAAUGCAGCAGCUGGUUCACAUUUAGAGGUACGACUUGCUGCAGACAUCAAACAAGAUUCUGUCAACACUUUCCUGCAAUAUCUAUACGAGGGAUUCAUGACACUAAAUGAAGACAACUACAAAGACAUUGAAAAAAUUUCUAGACUUCUCCAAGUUGAAAAUGCAAUCAAAUGUUGUGCAGACUUUAUCAAGUGUAUAAGUACUUCUUCAGCCAAUCAGUAUCGUUACAACUAUCCAGAUCAGCUCGAAUUUAAGCAUGUGAGAACGACAGAGCUUCAGAAAGUUCAUGACAGGCACCCAAAGCGCGGCACAGACAGACCAAUAAGCCCAGGCACCAAACGGCCAAGAUUUCAAAGACAGUCAAGUCCUAUGUCAGAUUCAAGAACUCAUGAUAUGUCUGGAAUGAAAGAAAGUUACACUGUGAAUGAUCCUUGGGACAGGGUGCCGAGGCUGGGAUCUCACAGCUCUACCCCCACAUCCGUCCACGUACCCAGUCAGCAGCCAGGAGUGAUUGAUAUCAUAGAGGAUAGUAUUGAGUUACUACAGACAGAGCCUCCUGGAAAACGGCCAGGGGAUGAUGGCAGAGAGCUUAGAAAGGUGCAGAGCACAGUGGGGGUGUCAGUAGCUAGUCAGAGGGAUGCCCCUGCAGAUGUUCAGAUUGUCAAUGUACCUGGUGCUACAGAUAUUCCUAGUCAGAAAACAGCCUCAGAAUCUACCACAUUCAUUCCAAGUUCUCCCUCAUCUUCAGAUUCCUCCUCCCAGAAAGAGAGGCCACCUCACUACAGCAACCAGAAUUUUCAGCCGAAGCCAGAUCUAGAGAAGUCGACUUCAAAUCUCCCAGAUCUGAGUUCCGAUGUUGAAAUUUCAGCCCCAAGACCCCGACCACCUGAAACAGUGGUUGCGUCCCCCUCCACUCAGCCAUACCCUGUAGCAAUGACAGCCUCCUCUCGGUCAGUACCCCCCACUUUCCAACAGAAAUCUUUUGCAGCAGGCAGUGCCAUGCAGGCAGAGUCUUUGUCUCCUAGUACAGUUCAGAGAAGCUCUAAACCACACACAAUCAGCAGAGUUGAAAGCACAGAGAAAUCCUCUCCCAUGGAAAGGUCACAAGAUUCAGGGUUUCAAGCUAGAGAUCAAAACAGAUUGUCACCAGAUAUAAGCAUAGUAAAAGUGGAGAAUGAAGUGGGGGCAGAAGAAACGGGGAUGUUAGACAUGUACGUGGCUAAUGCAGGAGGGGGUGUGGCAGGCCCCACCCAUGGGCAAAAUGAGGAGGAACAGAGUGAUUUUGAUGUGGAGGAGCCACCUGGAGAUCUACAAAGAGAUGAAUUGUCAAACGAAAGCGGCAACUUGAGUAUGGAUCAAAGUGGAAACUGGUACAUGGGAAAUUUUAGAGUGAUUGGUGAGAACGUGUUGUCCGGUGAUCCUGCUAACCUGAUGUUUGAGAUCCCUGUUGAUUCGGAAGAACAGAUUGGUAGUCAUAUUCCCACAAAAGAAAUUACAGAUAUUGUUUGGAACACAAAUGAAUGCGAGUGGAAAAUAACAUCAGCUUACACUUUAAGUCAAACGCCUUUCACAGAGUAUGUCGAAGAGAAAGGCAAAAUGGAGGGAAACGUAGAGUAUGAAAAACUGCAAUCUGCUGCAAAUAAGACCAAACCCGAAAAAAUUCAAUCCAGGAGCAAGAGAGUUCAAAAUUCAAAAAGAUCGAUGAGAAAAAUUAAGAAUAUUACUUUGAAUAUUUCAUCUUCUGAUACAGCAGGCAAAGGUGUCAAUCUAAAGACACAGAGAGGAUCAUCAACGGUACCACAAAAAAUAUCUGCGAGUAAAGCCAACAGUUCGGAAAAACAAGCCAAGAAAUUGAAUAAGUAUAACAAUUCUCAAUUGCAGCAUGAAAAAAGUGCUUUUCAAAAUUCACAGCUAAAGGGUCAAAGUGGCAAAAGCAGGGGCAUUUCUACAAAAAGAUCUACUGCAACUUCGACAGUUUCAAAGAAAUCACCAACUAAUUAUUCACAAAAAAUGAAAUCACAAGAUAAAAUAGUAAAACCAAAAAUACGACAAGGUCUGUACCGUUAUGACUUCAGAACUUUCAAAAGGAAUGGAAAACGAAGUACCAAAACAAAAGAAAGCAUGCCGCUUAUUUCUUUCAGUAAAGUAAGCAAGAUAAAUGAACCGAGUUCAGUGAAAACAAGGAAAAGCCAUCCUAAAACCACUGAUUUGAACACGCAACUUGUUCAGUCUGAUUUAAAUGUCGAAUAUGUUCAGCACCAGUUAAACACUAAAGACAUUCAGACAGAUUUCGAUGAAAAUGAAAGUACAAUGUCAGAACCUGCAAUUGAUACAACCAUGAAAACAGCGACGGAAAACAGAGAAGAAAUAGCGAAGCCCAAAAUUGGAAUACAUAUUGCUUAUCCUUCGCAUUGUUUGGCUUACCAAGAAAGAAAAGGAAAGUGUACAUAUUGCCAAAACAACCCAGACAUGGAAAAGAAAAUCGAACCUAUCAACACUAAAUGCAAGAUCUGUAAUGUUUACCUCUGCAAAAGUAUCUGGAGGAAAGGUGGACGAUCUUGCUUCGAGCGGUACCAUAAGGAAAGGGCAAAGAUUAUCACCGAGUCAGUGGUGGGUCAUCCUCCUAACAAAGAAGAGAUCAUGUCCGCCCAUUACCCUGUGAAUAUAAGCAUUCAAGAAGACAGUAGAAGAAAAAAGGUCUGCGAAAUCUGUUAUGCAGAAAAAACCCGAAAAAAAGACCAAGGAUCCACCCUCAGUGGUUGUAAAUGCAGUAUUUGUACUGUGGGCUUAUGUGCUAAGUACAAAGACUGCUUUCAGACAUACCACAACAAACUUUUCGAGAUGAACCAAUAUUCUUGAAACUUUGUCGGAAAAUUUUCACUCCUUUUAUUUGUGAUCAUGAUGAACUGAGAAUAUACAAUGUACUUCCAAUCAACAAGUUGUUAGUGUUUGUACAGUGCGAUUUUGUGCUGGGACACACGUUUGUUUGAAUAAUUGUGUCUAAUGUAUGUUUUAAAUAUGCCCUGAUGUUUUAUAGGGGAAAACUUUAUUUUAAAAAAAUGGACCAAAGAAAAAAUACUUAUCGAUGAUUUUAUUUAAGACGAAGCAGUCGUGUAAUUUUGAUGGAUACUGGUGCAUUUGUUUUGUUGAGAGUUUAGUUUUUCGUUGCCUAUGUACAAAGUAGUGACUAUUCCCAUAUAGUAUCAUACUUGUUGUACCAAUAAAUGGACUGAAAUAAAAAAUGAUCCAUAAUAUCAUUGAUAUAGUCUUUUUGAGAGUAAGCUGGUUCGUCUUUUUAUUGUA